CUACGGCAUAAAAAGACAUUGCAGCGGAAUAAAAAUCCCUCAUAAAGAAGCCACGGUACUAGUCAUAAUGGAGACACGGAUAUUGUUGUUGUCCUUGCUCCUCUCGGCGGUUGUGGCCACAAGAAGCGUGGUCGAGGCGAAGACUACGGUUUCUCGAAUCGAAUUUUCCUCAUCCGCAAUAAAGUAUAAAGCAAGUGAACGACUUUUGGAAAACGACGGACAAUCAGCGGUGGAAGCAUUCCUAUCUGAGCACCCACAAAACGACGAAAGCGUCACCAACAGUAUCAUCAAUGAUAGUGGUUAUGACCCAUACCCGGAUGGUACUGCUGUUCGCUACCAAGAUCAAGAUGGAACUUGGUAGGUUGCCACAUUAAAUACAGUCAAUUCUCUCCAAUCGUUUCUCGAUCACCGUUCGAUAUCGUCGUUGGAUUGGAUUGAAAUUUGUUGAACGGGAAUGCCAGAGUUCGCUUUCUUUUCGUUCUUCUUUUCCMGGUUCUGGUGAUCUUCUCAUCCUCUUUCUGUCCGGUUUCGUUUUUAGGAUGAACGGAAGAAUUGACACUUAUAAUAGUGACACCAAAGUGUACACGGUCAAAUGGGAUGAAGACAACGUGCUAGAGGAUUUCUCUGACUUGAACAAAGUUGAUCAACUUGUCGCGAACGCUGAAGAGCAAGUGCAGAUAACGAACACGGAAGAGCAAGUGACGGAAACGAACGAUGACGAGGUCGACGAACAGUUUGAUUGGGACGAUAACGAAAAAUUAGGUCAAGCGCCCAGCUCCAAUGGAUCUCCAUACAGGGGAUCUGUCCCGGAGGACUUUGAUUUCGGAUACACUUACCAAUACGACAAUCUUGCCGAUUACGAACCUUGGCCAAUCGGUACCGUCACGUUGUUAGAAUUCUCGGAUGGUUGGUACGAAGGAAAGAUCACAAGCUUCUCCCUGUCGGAAGACAAGACUAAUGCCACGUACGUCGUAACCUGGAGCGAUGGCACUGGCGACAGAUUUGUCAAUGAGUUGGAAUGGAUGGACCUCAUGGUUGCAAAUGCCCAGCAUUACGAACCUUGGUCGAUCGGAACGUAAGUUGAUUUCUUUUAGUAUCGUUUGGAUUUUAAAUUUCUUUUCUUGCUAACUAAACUCCGUACCACUCA